AUGACAGAAAAACACAACUUGAAGAGCCUAUUCCAUAGAGAAAAGAAGGCGGAUCACGGCCACCACGGCAUCUCUCGCUUGUUCCAUCACGACAAGAAGAAAGGCCUGCCUGAGCCGUCGGACAAGACUUCCUCAGACUCCUCCAAGGUCUCCAGAACCCCAUCGGCGAUCCUGUUGAGACGCCUGGAUCUGAACGCCCAGCGGGAAAGACUACUAAAACAAGAGCAGCCACAGAACCGCCCAAUUAGAAGAGCAGAGACGUUUGCCCAUGCUCCGCUGCCCAAGUUGGGGAUCAGCAAGAAGAACUCCUUCAAUGGCCAGCACCCGGGCCCCGGGAACCACCAUGAGAAAAUCAAGUACAACCCUUACGGCAUGAUCAAAAACCCGCUGGACCAGGUACCUCAUUCGGCGCUGUUUUACUUGAAGGGCGGGCCCGAAAGCGGCUUGAGGGUGCCUGCCAAUCCGGUAGCAAACCCGAACGACUACUUGCCCGAGGAAUUGCACGAAAACCACAUAAAUUUCCUUGACGACUUUGAGUUCGAGACCGAUGUCCACAAACUCGGCGACGGCGGCUCUGCUGACGUUCGAACCGUCCAGCUCGCAGGCAACAAGAAGAAGGUCUAUGCGCUUAAGAAACUCACCAUGUUCCCCAAGGAGACGGACGAGGAGUUUUAUAAGAGGGCUGCAAAGGAGUAUAUCAUCUCCCGCCACAUUGCCGAGCUGAGGCAUGUCGUCAAUACCGUGGCUAUCUUGCGUCUACAAUCCCAGGGAAGCAUGACUCGUGGCUGGGGUAUCAUCAUGGAAUUGUGUCAAGGAGGCGAUCUCUUCAACCAGAUCGUCAAGCCCGGCUGGAAGCGCUCGCUGAUGUCCGAGAGAUACUGUCUAUUCAAACAAGUUGCAUUUGGUCUAAAAUUCUUGCACGACAAGGACAUUGUUCACAGGGACUUGAAGCCCGAGAACGUUUUGUUGGACUGUCACGGCGUCGCCAAGCUCUGUGAUUUUGGUGUCAGUGACUGGGGCCAUGAAGAGCCCAUGAACUUUGACUCGCCGAUUAAAAAAUCCACCGCGUACGUGGGAUCUCCGCCAUACUCUCCUCCAGAGGUCAUGAAGCUCAAGGACGCUAGCUCCUCGGAAAAGAGCUCUCUCGCUUAUGAUCCGUUCAAGAUGGACGCUUGGGGACUUGGAAUGCUUCUAUUCUGCAUGGUCUACGCUGGUGUGCCGUUCCAGCAGUCUAGUCUUCUGGACAACCAGUUCAGGGAUUACAAGUUCAAUAGAGACAGAUUCUGCUCCGACCACCCACUGUUCAAGAACAAUACAGAAUAUGCAAGAGGCCCAGGCAGUGAAUUUAAAUGGGCUGCUAAGUUCGAACACAAUGGUGCCGCCAGAGCUGCUUGGAAGCUUUGUGACCCUAAGGUUGAGACAAGAUACGACCUCGAUUUAUUGCUUAAUGAUCCUUGGUUUUCUGGUCUUGAGAUGUGCAUUUACGAGCACCCAGAUCAAUUCGUGAAUCCAUUCAUCAACGGCACAGGCGCUCCAUCGUCAUCAAACUCAUCUGUCCACGCCCCAUCCGCUACAACUUCUAGAAAGAACACGUCAUACGGCCAGAAUGAUGAAGAGAGUGUUGGAAUGCACACACCAAUUAGAAGUAUGUUGGAUAUGGCAGGCUUGCAGCAGAAUGACGAUACCGCUUCCAUCAAGUCCAGCUCACUGUUGCACAAUGCAAACAAAGAUGAUAGGGUCUUGAAAAAUAGAGGAAGCAGCGAGACGUCGCUUCACACCGUCUCGUCUGCUGGAUCAAACAGCAAAUUGAAAUCAAUGUGUGAUAUCGGCGGUAACGAUAAGAAUACCUUGCCGCGGGUAGCCGAGGCAGAGCAUGAGGACGUCAAGUCUCCAUUGCCAGCAGUACACGAGAAUGAUGACGCCAAUGCACCAUUACCAGCGGUGCAAGAAACCGAAGGUACUGCGGAUGACAAGCCGCUGAAUGGAAAGGGCGAAAAGGGUGCCGAAGACGGGUUCCAAGACAGUCUUGACCAGUUUGAUCAGCUUCAACUCAAUGGUGAGGCCAAGCCCAAGGCAGCUGAAAAAAAUGAAGCCUACAGCAAUGAGAAGGCGAACUUCUUCAGAGAUAAGGUGCUUCAUGACAGUGAUGACUUGAAGCUCGAUAACCAAGGGUGCUGCGAGUUGGGAUACAAGAUCAAAAAGCACCACCAUCUUGAUAUCAGUGCCGCCAAAGCCAAGCGAUAA